UUCCCAGUUGCUGCUCAAUGGAUUAUAAAGUAGAUUAGAUUCUGUUUGUAAAAUAUAAUGUUCCUCAAAUCUGCCAAUGAACUAUUUAUCAGAAUCCUCAACAGUAUUUAAGUAGGAGCUGUCAUAUAAGAGACCACUGGCAUAAUAUUAACAGAAAUAAUGAAUAUUUCAAAAUAAAUUGAGAUCACAUCCAUGUGACUUGAGAGCAGACAUGUGAGACCCCAAUUCUGGAUUCAGGUAGCAGUGGAUCAGGAUGACGACAGCAAGAAAAACAUCCUCAUAUAAGUCCUCUUAAACUUCAGAACACACUGUUGUAUCUUCAUUAUUGAUAUCUGUCCAUAUUGGCUGAGAUUGAUUGUUUAGUGAGGAAGAGGAAGGUAAUCAUUCAGACAGGAGUGAUGGUUAUUUGCUCUCUUUUUUUACUUUUCACCUUAGUUUCAACAUUUAUGAUAUUUACCUUUAACUUAUACCUAAAUUUGUCCACUGUGGUACAAUAAAAUAUAUUUCUAUUCUAUUCUAUGUUUUCAGUCUCAAACUGUAUUACAUAACAUUGUUUUUCGCUUCAAUUUUAACAAUAUGCUUAUUGGCUAAUUGUACCAAAUUGGAUUUUAAUUGUUAAUUAAUUUAUUGUUUUAAUUUUCAAUUUACACAAGGAUGCACACCAUGCCACCGUGACAUUGUGUGACAUUGUCUCGGGAACAUACGACAAUAAACGUGAAUUGAGCUGAAUUGAAAGCCAUCACACACACCAUGCCCACUGUGUGUCUGUGUGUGUGUUCAUGCCAAUUAACUCUUGUGUGUUCAUGUUCCCGUGCGCGGCCAGGGGCUCCGCAGCUAGCCCUCAGUUAGCCUCUAAUUAAUAACAAAAUCACCAUCUUCUCGCCAGUCGAGAGGAUGCAUCAUGAGCCCGAUAAAUGAUUCGUAACGGAGCCGUUGAGGGUUGAUACGGGACGGUUUAAUGACCCUACAUUUUCGGCCCCCGGCUCCUGGAACCCCGGCGCUACAACAAGGCGAGCAUCAGCGCUCCGUCUGCGGACGUAUAGAGGAAACCCUCCGGUUAAUUUAUUUUUGGGGAGCAGCUAACCGUCGUCAUAUUGAACCAUGAUUUCCCCUUAGGACUGGUAGAAAGCUCCAGAUGUAACUCAAGGAUAAAGUGAAAGUUGUGCAUCUCCCCCCAUUUUUCCCAACAUCUGCUUUUCUUCAGUGGGUUCCAGUUUAAGCCUUAAUAGCCUGGUCACGGCUCCUUCGUCGAGCUAAGAGAUGGACUGGGCCACUCCAGCUGCCAAACUGAAUCCGUACUCGCGAGCCCGCAUGACGGAGGCCUGGCAGCAGCACGCCGUCGCUCCGCCUCCGGUUGUCCACACCAUCCCAGCAGGAGCUGAAAACGCUUUGAGCUGUACAGUGUAUGGCAUCGUACUGCAGCCGGACGCCUCAUCGUUGCAGCAGCAGCAGCAUGGAGGCGGACAGCAGCAUGCGGGAGCUCAACAACAUACAGGCGGACAGCAGGGGCAACAUCCUUCUCAAGCCCAGCAAAGCUCUUUGCAGGUGGGAACAGAGUCAGGACACAAGUGUGGGACGUGUGGACACGACAUCUCCCACCUGGCUAACCCGCUUGAACACCAGUGCAUGGUGAGUCAGGACAGGUCAUUCCAGUGCACUCAGUGUCUAAAGAUCUUCCAUCAGGCCACAGACUUACUGGAGCACCAGUGUGUUCAGGUGGAGCAAAAGCCGUUUGUGUGUGGAGUAUGUAAGAUGGGCUUCUCCCUUCUUACCUCGUUGGCUCAGCACCACACGUCGCACAACAGCAGCAACCCCAUGAAGUGUUCCAUAUGCGAGAAGACGUAUCGGCUGGGCUCCUCCGGGAACACGACACCCACAUCCUCGAGCAGCUCCCAGCCGUCCAGCAGCGAUGGGGCGUCGGCAAGCAGCAGCUCGUCCAUCUUACCUUUCCCCUCGGCUCGGGACCGACCAUACAAGUGCUCCGUCUGCCAGAAGGGCUUCAAGCACCUCUCAGAACUCACGCGACACGAGAGGGUGCACACGGGGGAGAAACCCUUCAAAUGCGACACGUGCGACAAGGCUUUCAGCCAGUCGUCGCACCUACAACACCACCAGCGGACGCACAGCAACGAGAGGCCGUUCAAAUGCGCUGUGUGCGAAAAGAGCUUCAAGCACCGCUCGCACCUCGUCCGCCACAUGUACGUUCACUCGGGCGAGCACUUGUUCAAGUGCAACUUGUGCGAGCUGCACUUCAAAGAGUCUUCGGAACUGCUUCACCAUCCCUGUCACCCGCAGGGUUCCCGACCGUUUCGCUGCGCCACAUGCGGGAAGGGGUUUAAACGGCCGUCGGACCUGCGGCAGCACGAGCGCACGCACUCCGAGGAGCGGCCCUUUCACUGCGACGAGUGCCAGAUGAGCUUCAAACAACAUUACGCGCUCGUGCGCCACAGACGGACACACAAAGACCCCUCUGACCGGCCUUUCAGAUGCAGUUUGUGCGACAAAGGCUUCAUGCAGCCCUCGCACCUUCUCUAUCACCAGCACGUCCACGGCAUGGAUAACCUGUUCAAGUGCGCCUCCUGCCAGAAGGAGUUCAGCCAGUCAGGAGAGCUACUCAGACAUAAGUGUGGGGAGUCAUCCAACUCCUCGCCGGACAAGCCGUACAAAUGCGACGUCUGUGGGAAGGGAUACAAAAAGAGCUCCACUUUGCAGCGCCACCAGAACUCCCACUGCCAGGAGAAGCCGCUGAAGUGCUCGCUCUGCGACCGGCGCUUCCUGUCCUCCUCGGAGUUCGUCCAGCAUCGCUGCGACCCAUCCAGGGAGAAGCCCCUCAAGUGCACUGACUGCGAGAAGCGCUUCAAGUACUCGUCGGACCUGAACCGCCACCGGCGUGUGCACACGGGAGAGAAGCCCUUCAAAUGCGACCACUGCAGCAAGGGUUUUAAACAGCGCGAGCACUUGACCAAACACCAGAGCACGCACUCCCGGGAGGGCCAGUUCAAGUGCGUCUGGUGCGGAGAGCGCUUCAGUGACUUGGGCUCUUUGCAGGAUCACACUGUGCAGCACACGUCCGAUGGAGACGGUUACAAUGUGCCACAGUGCAUGUGAACCAUGACUUUUUAAAAAAAAUUCCUGAAUAAACAGAACCAUCAGCAUUCCA